UCUCGCAUAUUUCUAUAAAGAAGAAGAAGAAGAAAACGUUUCCUUUCAUUUCCUGGAUACGUUAACCGCACGACGUGUUGAUACAUGUUCCGCUACUUUCUACACGCUCUUCGUGCAAUUAUCAUUCGAGAAGGUGACUCGAGUUUUUCCUUAAACGGACGUGCAGAAAUUCAGAACGUUUCUUACGAUUCCGCGCCUCGUCUCUCUCUCUCUCUCUCUCUCUCUCUCCAACAUUUAUUCUUAUCAAUCAGAAACACGAGGGAGGUUACACACGAUGCAGGAAACGAGAUCUUCAUCGGGCCGUUCGAUGUCCAUUAAGUUGAGUCAGCAUGUCCCAUACUCGUCAUUCCACCCCAAUUCGUCAACACGUAUUGUGCAUUUUGUGCCUUUUGUCUGUCACGUGCCGUUUUAAUAUCCGAGAGCUAUUGUCCUGCGAUGCGCCUCUUUAUGAUCGGCGCAGUACCCCCGUAACGAUUUUUGCAGGCCGCACGCUUCGUCGUGCAACCACGAUGGACGAUUAUUAUCUAACAAGACCGUCACUCUUGCAGAGCGAAAAUAGUAACACGAGCGGCAAAAAGACAGCUGUUUAGCGUGAGGAAAGCGUGAGAAAGCGCGAAAGUACGGAUGAAAUUCUGCGCGUAACCAGAGAGGAAAACGCUACGAAUGAGUGACAUCGAAUUUGUCCAAAGCGAGAGAGCACGAAAGAGAGCAAGGAGAAAUGCGAAAAAUACUUUUUAUACGCAAUUUCGCAAUUUGUGUGAUUCGACUUAGCGGAGAGGCUGCGCCUGUCGCAUUUAAUUUUCUCACCCCGUGAGGGCGGCGAAGGUGGUGCUGAAGUCCGCGAUAUUUUCCGUCGGCGCAGCGUGCUACGUCUUGAUUAGAGACAGACCCGAUUAAGAUCUCGCGAUUUAAGCGAGAUACGCCGCCGAGAAACUUUAAGUGAAAAAUAUGAUCUCGGUGUACGGCCGGCGCUAUAACGUUUCUUCUCACAGUUUUCCACCCUCCGAAGAUGCUCCCUCGAGAGUUCGGGGAUUAGGGGUGGAGAGACUGCCACUCCAAAUAAACACUCCUGCCACGGUCGCCCCUGUGCCGUUCUGGGCUGCCAAUUAACACCGCAAUUACACGAAAUCCCGGAGCAACUCCAAUAAUUGGAAAAUGUCCGGAUUCGCAGCGGCGGGUCUUGUGGCCUUUGACUCCUUCAAGACCAAAGCAUCGCUGAAAUUAUCCGGGUUCAGAAGAAGCAACGCCGGUUACGAGGAGUUCGAAGGGCCGCGCGAGGGUAGCAAGGACAACAAGGGCUUCGAGGAUGAGAGAGGAUACAGCAGGCAGGCGUCGUUCGAGUCGCUGCCGGAGCCGGAGAGGCCACCGUUGCGGCACAUCGACACUUAUUGCAUGCCGGAGUGCCCAUGCCUCUCGAAGAGGUACACCAUCGCGACUCUGGCCUGCGUAGGCUUCAUCAUCUCGUUCGGCAUGCGGUGUAAUAUGGGGAUGGCGAAGCUGGCGAUGAAGAACAGCACGAGAGAGGGCGAAAACAGCAGCAUCAAGUUCAACUGGACGGUCGGUAUGGAGAGCGCCCUCGACUCGUCCUUCUUCUGGGGUUAUCUGGUCACACAAGUACCUGGAGGCUUCUUGGCGUCUUUGUAUCCCGCGAACAAAAUCUUCGGCACGGCCAUCGCGAUAUCCUCCUUUCUGAAUCUCCUGGUGCCAGGCGCGCUGAACAUAGACCCCAUCGUCGACAUGUGCGUGCAAGUGCUGAAGGGAUUGGUCGAGGGUGUCACGUAUCCGGCGUGUCACGGUAUCUGGAAGUACUGGGCGCCGCCUUUGGAGAGAUCACGCUUGGCCACUUUGGCGUUCUGCGGCUCGUACGCCGCGAUGGUGAUAGGAAUGCCGCUCUCGGGUUACCUGAGCGCCUGGUUCGGCUGGACCGCGUCGUUCUACUUCUACGGCGUGUGCGGCUUGAUUUGGUACUGCUUCUGGCUGUGGCUGGCGUUCGAGAAGCCGGCGAAGCACCCCAGCAUCUCGGCUCGCGAGCUGCGCUACAUCGAGGACUCGCUCGGCCAAGGGCAAGCGCAAUGGCCCGUGCCCACGCUGGCUACCACCCCCUGGCGGAAGUUCCUCACGUCGAUGCCCGUGUACGCCAUCAUCGUCGCGAACUUCUGCAGGUCCUGGAACUUCUACCUGCUGGUGCUCUUCCAGCCGCGUUUCAUGCACGAGUCUUUCGGCAUGCCCCUCGUCGAGACCGGAGUCAUCGGCUCGCUGCCGCACCUGCUGAUGACGAUGAUCGUGCCCUGCGGCGGUCUGCUGGCGGAUUACCUUCGCAAACACGGUAUCAUGUCGACGACGAAUGUCAGGAAGGUCUUCAAUUGCGGUGGCUUCGGCAUGGAGGCGCUCUUCUUCCUGGUGGUGGCUCACGCGACCACGUCGAAGAACGGGGCCGCGGCUACGUUCGCCCUCGCGAUCGGCGUCGCGUGUAGCGGCUUCGCCAUCUCCGGCUUUAACGUGAAUCACCUGGACAUCGCGCCCAGAUACGCCAGUAUUUUGAUGGGCAUGUCCAACGGGAUCGGUACCAUCGCCGGCCUUCUGGUCCCCUUCUUCGUGGACGGAAUCACGGAGAAGAAGGACGCUCAAAGCUGGCGGAACGUUUUCAUCAUAGCCGCCUGCGUGCAUAUCUUCGGAGUGACGUUUUACGCGAUCUUCUGCUCCGGCGAGUUGCAACCCUGGGCUGAUCCCACGCUGGAGGAGCAGAAGUCCUGGAAUCCGAUGGACGAAUUCAGCCAGGCGAAGCCGCCCGUCCCCCCGCCGCCGAAGACCAUGCAAUCCGAGUUUAUAAAACAGCCGUCCCUCGAAGGGUCCGCCAACGACAACUGGAACAAUUACGAGCAGCCAGCGCCGACCGAGAACCACCUGUACGCACGCCAGGACAAAACUCCCGUGAUAAGCUACGGCUCGACGGAGACCAGCGGCAACAAUCCGUUCCACUCGACGAAUCCGUUCGCCAGCGACGUCAGCGCGACUCUCGUGCAGCCGCCAGCAACGGACGACUACACGCACGACGUCGUGCACAAUCAACAGUGGAAUUGAGAGUGGUUGACUUCCGGAUAGAUCGAUCGGAUCCGCGGAAGGCAGGCAGGCUGCUCUCCGGAGGAUGUAGGUCGUUUGUAUCAUUAGCCAUCAAGCUGUCAGUUCCUCAGACAUGCCACGUCUUCGUUAAUGAGGCUCACUUAAUUGCAGGCCGCAGAGAUCGCAAAGUUCGUCACACAGUAGAGAGCAUGGUUUUAUUUCCCUUGAGAGGAAGAGAGAGAGAGAGAGAGAGAGAGAAAGGAAGAGGGAAAAGUCUUUGAAAACGUCUUACACUCCUUGUUAAAGAAAACGAGGUGAAAGUUUAAUCCGAUUCGGAACAUUGCGCUAUCCUAUCUUUCGUUUAGUCUUAUCAGCCGACAAAGGAUCGAGGUAAAAAGUCUCGUUUGAUAGACGAGACUUUCAAAGAUACACCACCGAUUGUUAUACACAUUAGAUAUGUCUUUGAUAUGUUGAGACCACCUGAGGGGUGUCGGCCGAGUCGCCUUCCAGCGCGUCUGAUUGUGGCAUAUCUGAGGUUCGCGCGUAAGAGUAUAAAUGAAAAUAUCGAAUAUCAAGCAUGAUUCGGGAUUCAACGAAUCGGGGGCGCAAGCACUUAAACGUUCGUGCACAUCUCUAAGUUUCACGUUGAGGAUUCUCGGUGAAUAUCUGCAAACAACCCCGCCUGCGGAGGUGGGGGGGGGAGGGGAGAAGGGUAACACGAAAUUUCCGUUGCGCGUAAUACCUAAGAGUGCAGAGAAUGGCGCUGUGAAUGGCCACGCGAGUCACUCGAUCGACGAAAUCAGCAGACGGGAUCAUCUCGUAAGAUCCAGAGCGAGAUCUGUCGCCCGUCAUAUUUUUUACAACAGUUUUGUGAUAAAAACGAGGCCCGGGGCCGUACACACGUGGCCCGCCACGUUGGAGAACGACAAUAAGUCCACGCUCUUCAGUCGUGCCUAAACACAUGUCUAAGGAUCGUUUCCCUUCUCGUUUGGUUACUCCUUCGUCGCGAGUUCCGCUUCUCAACGAAUCCUCAUCUCUGAAAGCAAACGCGAUGAGCGGCCGGUCGCACCGAAAAAUACUCUUGAUAAUGGAUCUUACAAUUAGCCGCGACUCUACUUAUAUUUUGCGAAAGCUCCGAGACUGAAGCGUAUAUCGUGAAGUCGAAGCUUCGUUGAUUACGCCGCGCGUUAUAUCGAAACUCCGUUUGUAGGCAGGGACAUUUGACGAGGAGGAUACUUCGUCAAUUUAAAGGAGAAUCAAUACGUCUUUUACAUCGAUAGUCCAAGGGAUUCUUUAAAACUUUAACCCGAACUUUACCCCGUUAUCUUUCAUUAGAAUUCACGCGAUAUACCCGCGUAUGCAAUAUUUGCGGACGUCCUUCCUGCAAGAGGAAUUAAUUAAUCGAUCGGUUAGUUGUAGAAUGCUGCGUGUCAGCGACUAGAUCGAGGUAUGUCCCGAAGGCGACAAUAACGUUCAAACCUUCGCAGACAAUAAUUCUACGCGGACAAUAAUUAAACAAGGCGAGGUUUGACAGAUAGCAAUCGUGAGGCCUCGGUGCGCGUGACAUAGCUCAAUCGCUGAAACUUUUAGGUAUUUCUUUAUCUUUUAGGUAUUCCGAUACUUCUUGGGGUGGGGCUCGAUUAUUUAUUUACAUGAAAUAAUAGAAACAUAGCAAUAAAGGAAGAGACGGUGAGUAGGAGGAGACAGGGGAAGAGUCAUGCGAGUCGACAUGAGAUGUUCGUCGAAAUUAAAGUUAUACAGGGUGAUCCGGAACAGGGUUCCCUGUCCUUGAAAUGACACAUUCUCCAACGAAUUCUAAGACGAUUUCUCCUCUUGCAAAGUAUUAUCCGAAGAUCAGUUUUUGAGUUAUAAAGGCAAGUAGUUUGCCUCACUUUUGAGUCAGAUAUAGGAGAUAGGCAAGGACGCAGCAUAAGAAACUCACCUCGUCAAGCUUGGGCGCUUAAUGCGACGAGCUUAUCGAUGAAUGUGAUAACAUUAUACAUAUCGUUUUUAUAGCUUCCGUUAAUGAUUGUACAUAUCAUAUCGAGUGCCGCGAGAGAGGUCUGUGUGAGGCCGACACGCGUUUCUCUCCUACGCAAACGCGUAUGAUUGCACAACGAAAUAAGAUAGUCGAUGGCGAUGUUGUCUAGCAUGAAUAAAUUGAUUAUUAAGCAGCAAAGAUUAAUGCGAUCGUAAUAACGAAUGAAGAAUGUUUUAAAUCAGCGGGAUAUGA